AUGGACGACAAACAUGUCCCGUCGAUGCAGCCCUUCUCGGCUGCCACCUUCGACGACAAUGUUGGACUACUCGGCAAUUCUGGCCAGAACAGAAUGAGGAUAACCACGGCUGUGUCACCACCAUCUUACUAUCGCGGCUUACACUCGAGGGGUAAUUCAUCCAUCGAUAUGGGUGAAAGCCCUUACGAUGUGGUUGAGCCGCCUACGCCGCAGAAGGAAAGGGGAGGCAACCCUGGUCCGUCUGCGACUGCCAUGCUAAGAAAACUCACUACCAAGGUCAAUCCUAUGUCGAGGGCGCAUUUCCGAACCAUGAAAAGGUCGCAAGGACGACAGUACGCGACUCUCGAGGAGGGUGACAAUGAUUCGCCCACCGUCGAUCUUUCCUCUCUGGAAGGGAUGGGUUGGGAGCUCACAGACAUGGCUGGUCAAGGCGAGACCAACCUUCAAGGCCAGCAAACUGAAUAUGCUCCGUCAACAUCGACCAGUGGAAAACCGGCAUUUCGAGAAUUUGUUGACAAGCGGCGAUCCGUGGGAGAAGGCAUGAGGGACAUUGGUGUCCAGCUGAGGCGAGAUCCUACGAAAUUAAUCCGUCGAAGCUCGGCGCAGCGGAACGGGAACAGCUCAGGUAUUGAUCGAACCAAGACCGUGCGCGAAUUCGGACAAAAUCUUGCUCAAGAAAAGAACAUGAUCGUGGAGGUGGAAGAGCCCGUUGAUCUGAGUGUCCUGGAGGGCGGCCAACCUGAUAAUCGAGCCAGUCAGAUGUUCGAAAGCAACCAGAUGAGCGCCAGGAAUAGCAUGAUGCCCCAGGAGACAAAGAGUUAUUUCUUCCCCGAAGACCCGGACAUUCCCAAUUGGAAACCAUGGUCGAUGAGUGCCGGGUACAUCCUGGCCUUGACAGCCCUUGCAUUGGGGCUCGCCGGAUUUCAGGAGUAUCUGUUUCAAAGGUCAAACCGCGAAGCCAGACAGGGCGGGGGACUUUUGGCUUUCAACGAGGUCUCGCAGAUAUCUGUCUGGGACUUCUUCGCCUGGAAGUAUCUCCCAACCAUGAUCGCAAUCGUGUUUGCCGUCCUCUUUUCAAUCAUGGAUUUCGAUAUCCGCCGGCUCGAACCAUUUUAUCAACUCUCUCAACCUGGUGGCGCGAAGGCAUCGUCGAGUCUCAAUCUCGACCAUUUGACCAUGUUCCAGUAUUUCGUCCCUUUCAAAGCGUUUCGUUUGAAACAAUGGGCUGUGCUAUUUUCCACCACGGGCAACAUUAUUGCCUCGAUGGUUGCUCCUGCGCUUCAAAAUCCCUCCAUCCAAUUCGACACCAACCCCAAUUGUGACCCCGUAUGUGCGGAUCCGGACAGAGAAAACCGGUAUUGGGUGCGGGUAUCGAGCGUUUAUUCGCGACUUCUUUCGGCCAGCUAUCUUGUGAUUGCCAUGAUUUUGGUCAUUCUCUUCGUUCAAUUGCGGCGAAAAUCAGGCCUUCUCAGUGAUCCUAAAGGUAUCGCUGGAAUCGCAUCCAUGGCGACCAAAUCACACAUCCUGCAGGACUUUGCAUCGACCGACGAGGCAAAUCUCGGCCAGAUUCACAAACGGUUGCAACAUCGACGAUACGUCCUUUACAAAUCCUCAAUCUGGCAGGGCGAAUGGUCUUCGGCCAAUGAAGCAUUUCAGGACAGCGAACGAAAGCUUACAAGCCCGCAUCCCAUAAUGCUGCGGACCAGUGCGGCAGUUCCGUUUCUGCUGUUCAUGGGCUUCUGUCUGGCGUCAAUACCUCUGGUCACUUUGACACCCGCUCGAAUAGUGCCGAACGCUGCACCCUGGCUUCCAAUUGUGAUUGCUACAGCGUUGAAGUUGUUCUUCAGCACUUUCGAAGCAGACGUGCGGCUCAUGGAGCCGUUUUUCAUCCUUUCCGAGGGAAACGCGCCACCACAAAACAGUCUCACCUUGGAUUAUCAAUCUUCCGUCUACGGAAUCAUGCCGUUCAAGGCACUAUUCAACAAACAUUAUCUGGUCGCAUUGGUGGGAUUCGCAUCAGUCACCCUAGAUAUCCUCACUGUUACAGUCAGCUCUUUCUCGGUCGACUCGCAGGAUUUCAUGCAUCUGAAUGUCAACAAGGACCUCUCCAAUGGUGACGAGACAUACAUCUCCUUCUGGGUCUCGCUCAUUCUCUCAAUGACGAUCCUGGGCUUCGUCAUUUUUGUGACGACAUUGGUGUAUAUCAGGCGAAGGCAUCCUUUCCUUCCUCGCGAGCCUUCCACCAUUGCAGCAGUCCUGGCAUUCAUCUACUCCAGUAACAUGUUGAACGAUUUCAUCGACACGGAAACGCUCAACAACAAGCAGAUGGAGACCAGGCUAAAGACACUGGGGAAACGAUAUGGUCUGGGAUGGUUCCGUGGUCGAGAUGGCAAGGUCCACUGUGCGAUCGACGAGGAGCCGAUGAAGAGCAGAUAUGUACACGGCAAGUCGUAUGCGAUGGCGCAGGCGGGUCCUUUGCAGCCAGCCGAGACCUUUUAUGCCGUCUAG